CGAUGUCUCUGCGUCGUGCCCACCUCCCCCGCAAGCGCUUGGACCGCGCCUGCAGCCGAUCCCACUGCCAUCCCCGGAGGCCGUUACCUCGCCUACUGUACGUUCAUCAAUUGGUUCGGAUACUACUCAGCAAGCAGAGUCUGCCACGGCUUCAGGUGCAAUCUCGACCGACCCGUCGACAGAAGGUCCCUCUUUCGGCGGGGCAGCGUGGUCGGCUAUGUUCCAUCACUUAAAGCAGACGAAGCAGACGGUGCCUAUUCGAAGGCGAAUUGGAGUGUUGCGGAGGUACGAGGAGGGACGUGAGUGGAUAUGGGAUGACGGGAGUGUUGUGAAGGGAACGGGUGAAGCAGGUAUAGAAGAUAUGAUGGGGGAAUGGGAAGAGAUCCAGCAAGAGGCUUAUGGCGAGGGGGAAACGCAAGGCAUCAGCGGGAGGCCGGACUGUUCCGACAGAGAGGAGCAUACAGGCGGGGAGCGGUCUAUGCAACCUGAAAUCAUUGUGAUCGACGACGACGACGAAGAAGAAACGCAUUCAACCUAUUCAGGACCACUUCAUAAGUGUCCGCUGUGUCCGCGCACCUUCAAACUCCCAAACGGCCUCGCGCUUCACCUGAAGUGGCAUUGGGGUCAGACUUCAUUGGAUUGGAAACGAGGGAUCGGCAAGCACGGGCGGAUUAUAGAACGAGCAAAUGAGGCAAAGGAAGCUGCUGAAGCUCGUGCCAAGGAGAUCACAGAGGCUCAAGCCGCCAGUUCAUCACCAACCCUGAAGCCAGCCUCUGAAGGCACGGCUAGGCAAGACUCAGAUGACAUGUUCAUCUCUUCAGCAACAGGACCUGUGCCUCGUCCAAUAACGGCCCCUGCAGGUCCAGGUGGUUUCUGUAUGCCCUUCAUGCCAACGGCGACCUCCGAAGACCCCUUCAACUUCUUUCCAUCGCGCCCGUCUAUCGAGAGUCGGAACGAUGCGCCACGACCUUCACCCACGCUGCUCCCUCCCGUCCGCGCUGGUGCCUUCGAUAUCGGGGUUGGGAGUUCGCGCGGAACAUCCGACCCAUUGUCCACGCCAGAACUAAGUCCGGGCCCGUCGAGGUCCAGCGAUGGAGAUAGCAUGGAGUGCAAUCGCAACCGGGAGUCGUCCUGGAGCGAUGACUUGUUCGGGCCGGAUGAGGAAGAAAUGCAGGUACGCUCGACUACACUUCAUGGAACACGGGAAGCUUAGUGUACAUCUUGGUGCACAGCGCGACAGCCCUGUAGGCCU